AUGGCGUCGUCAUCGGCCGCUGCUGCUACUUCUGACACCUUGGUCACCUUGAAGGUCCAGUUGGAUGGCGCUCCCCGUCGAUUCAAGUUGCCUCUGCGUGACCUCGGUGCCAACACCCUCGAGGAUAAGCUCCGAUGCCACCUCCAGAUCCCUGUCACGAAGGUCGUCACUGUCGAGCGAUAUUCCGAUUCCGCGGCCUCCUAUGUCGCUCUCAACCAGCAGAACAUCGCCGUCUACAAGCAACUCUUUCGAGCUGCCAAGGCAAAGCAGAAGCUCAAGCUUCGAAUUACCACCAAGUCUGUCCAGCUUUUGGCCCCGAAGCCAGCUACUGUUGAGGACGAGUUAGACGCUGAAUCCACAAGAGCUAUUGGUUCUACCUCCCACGCCAUCUCCCCAGCUCUUACACCCACCGUCGCUCCCCGCAGCGAGGCUCCUGCCGCGAGUCCUGCCGCGACGUUGGAGACAAUAACUGCUCCUCAGAAUCCGGAAGAGUUUCCUGAGUUCAUCAAGCACUGGAGAGCUCGAGGAAUGCCUAGAAUUCACCUCCGACACAACACUGAUGGCGUGGAGGUCGUCGAUUUUGUGGGCUCUGUGUCCCAGUCUGCCCCGCUGGUGACCCUCGCACCUGUUGAUGGUACGGCAUCCCAGGACAGCACUUCACCCUCUUCCGACCAGUACCGCUUCUCACAGACCGCUUCCGAGCUUUCUCUCAGCUCUUUGAUCCGCGACGCGCACCAGAAGGAGGAGGCGGGGGCGGCGGAGGCGAUGGUCAAGCAGUUGGCCCAGUCUACAGCAAAGUCAACUGAUUUCCAGUCCAACAUGGCCCCGAAGACUGUUGAGCGAAAGCCUGUCGAGGAGUGCGCGAAGGGAAAGGCCAAGGAGGAUGUUCCCGCAGCAUCGAACUCGCCAAGCUGCUUGAAGCGACCCUUCACAGUUUGCUGCAACAGCUGUGAUCGAGCUGUUCCUAGUGCUCACUUUCAUUGCUCAAUCUGCGAUGAUGGAGAUUUCGAUCUCUGCCAGGACUGUGUCACUAGAGGCAUCACCUGUUACGGCGAAGGACACUGGCUCAUCAAGCGGACUAUUGCAGACGGACAGAUCAAGUGCAGCACUACGCACAUCGCCCCUAAGCUGGACCGACCUGCUGGUACCAACAGCACUCCACCGUCUACCUCGGCAGCUGCAUCUGCGUUUAGCCUGCCUUUGCGGCCAGCCGAGAGAUCGGUACCUUCUCCCUCCAGCACAGCCUUCAGUGCGGCUUUAAACGCUCGUACAUGCAACUGCUGCGUACAGGAGUUUCCGGAACAGGAAUUUGUCCACUGCAACACCUGCGAUGACUUCGACCUCUGCAAGGGUUGCUUCGUGAAGGACUCGCACGGUCACGAUCCCAAGCACGGAUUCGCCCCUGCUGUCAGCGGCACCGUCUUUCCUCAAGCGAUCUCGUCCAGACUGGCUCCAGGCCGCAACGUCGUGCACAAUGCUAUCUGUGAUGGGUGUAAUCAGUAUGUGCGAGGUAUCCGUCACAAGUGCCUUGACUGUCCUGAUUGGGACUACUGCUCAGAGUGCAUGGAGAGUGCGAGCUUCGUCCACCCCGGACACCGCUUCGUUCCUGUCCUCGAGCCUCUGGGCGAUCGGGUCUUCCGAUCUCUGUCACGUGCCACCCAUUUCGGAAUUUGCUGUGACGGACCGCUCUGCUCGGCCCCUCACAGUGGCUCCAAGUACAUCAUUGGCGAGCGAUACAAGUGCGCCGUAUGCCAUGAUACUGACUUCUGUGCCAACUGUGAAGCCAGCCCAGCCAAUAACCAUAACAAGACUCAUCCUCUGAUCAAGUUCAAGUCUCCAGUGCGACACGUCAGUGUCACCACUACUGGAGAGCAUGAAGACGGAAAGCGUCUUCCCACGAUGGGUGAUCAAACACGCCGUGCUCGCAUCGGCCCUUGCGAGAGCAUUGCAGCAACUCCCGUGCAGACUGUCGUUGAUGUUCAACCAACAGAACAGCAAUCAGCUACCAACAGCAAGGCUGCUGAGCAUUCUGUCUCAUCCGAUCUCGUCGCUAUCUUCAAGCGAGACACCGUUGCGGAUGGGACCGUCAUGCCUCCCAACCACAUUUUCCAGCAGACUUGGGUCCUCAGGAACGAAGGCACCACACCCUGGCCUGCUGGGUGCUCUGUCAAGUUUGUUGGUGGUGACUACAUGGGUUCCAUUGACCCUGCACACCCUGCCGGUAUCCACGAGCUCGUUUCGGCCUCGGAAUCGACUAUUCGCUAUAACACUCUGAGCCCCGGCCAGGAGUUCCCUUUCACUGUCCUGCUGCGCACUCCCGAUCGGGACGGCAAGGUCAUCUCCUACUGGCGUCUUACCACCCCAGACGGUGUCAAGUUUGGCCACAAACUAUGGUGCGAUGUCCUUGUUCGAACGCCUCCCUCCAAGCCCAGCGUCGUUCAAACGCCAUUGACUGAGCAGGCAAAGGUCACGACUCCGGUUGCCAGCCCAGUCGUUGUUCCGGCUGCUGCCCCGCCAGCUCCAUUCGUGGCUCCUGCCAUUGCUCCGGUAGCUGCCCCAGUCGUCUCCCCUGAAAUGACUAAGAGCCAGAUGAUCAUCCCCAAGCUAGUGCACGAGAACAUUCACGAAGAUCGAUCGGAAGUCACAAUCGAGACUAGUACUGAGACCGAGAGUGUGGCCCCGUCAGCCAGCGUCCACGAUAGCCAGGAAGACGAUGACUUCGAGGACUGCGGUGAAGACGAAGAUUGGGCCGAAGAUUCCGACCAUGGGUUCUUGACUGACGAGGAGUACGACAUCCUCGACGCCUCGGAUGAGGAAUACUUGUCUGAGCAGCAACACAUGCUGGCUAGGAAGUAA